GGGGCCGUCGCAGCGGAGAGUGUCCUGUACCGCACCGGGAUCGGGACCGGGCCGCACCGCCGGAGAGACCCCCGCACCGCCGUUCCGGACCGGAGAGCCCCGCUAGGAGAGCCCGGACCGCCGCUCGGCACCGGGAGAGCCGCGGCGGGGGCCGGGUCUCGCGCCGCGGGCGGGCGAGAGGGAGGGAGUGGAGCCCCGUGCGGCGCCGCCCGGGAGCGGGAGUCGCGGCCAGCGCCCGUGAACCGCCGGGUAGCGGUUGCCGGAGGCGGGUGCGUCGCCCAGCGCCCCCGGGAGCCGCCAUGGCCUCGCAGAACGCCGACCCCGCCGCCGUGCCCAGUGCAGCCGCCCGCAAAGCGGCCGAGGCGGGGGCCACGGCGGCCCGCGGCUCGGUGGGGAAGAGGCUGCAGCAGGAGCUGAUGGCGCUCAUGAUGUCCGGUGACAAAGGCAUCUCCGCCUUCCCUGAGUCCGACAACCUCUUCAAGUGGAUCGGGACCAUUGACGGUGCUGCCGGCACGGCCUACGAGGAGCUGCGGUACAAGCUGUCGCUGGAGUUCCCCAGUGGGUACCCCUACACCGCGCCCACGGUGCGGUUCCUGACGCCCUGCUACCACCCCAACGUCGACACCCAGGGCAACAUCUGCCUCGACAUCCUCAAGGACAAGUGGUCGGCCCUCUACGACGUCCGCACCAUCCUGCUCUCCAUCCAGAGCCUGCUGGCAGAGCCGAACAUCGAGAGCCCCCUGAAUACGCACGCUGCCGAGCUCUGGAAGAACCAAGCCGCCUACAAGAAAUACGUGCGGGAGACAUACGCCAAGCAGGCCAAGAGCCAGGAAACCUGACCCACACUGCUGCCUCUCCCUGUUGUGCUUGGGUCUCUGCCCGCUCCCUGUCUGGCCGCUCCCCCUGGCUUUCUGUAUCAUAGGCUGUUUUUAAAUUAAUUUUGCAGUACGAGCCACGGUUAAUGUAUAAAUAAAUGCAUGUUUAUAACUUC